GACGCUGAGGUGACGGGUCAGGAGCCCUAUGGGGUUCUGGCUCCGCUCAGGGCGACUAAGAGUCCUCAGGGGCAGGGCCCGCUCUCCUGUCAAAAUGGCAGCGCCCAGCGUGCUGUGAGGGGACCUUUGAGGCGAGGGUAAGAGUUUUCCCCAGGAGAGUUCGCGAGCCGGCUGCGCUCAGAUUUCGAAACACCGCAGGUCUGUCUCCCGGGAGAGCGGCGGAUGAACUUUUUCUCAUGAAGACACUAGACAGAAGCAAAAAGAAAGGAGUUUACUUCUUAGAUGGCUGUCAUAGUAAUUAUUCUCUUUCUGUAAGAGGUGACAAUAGAAGGAAAAACAAACAAUUGUUUUGGUGAGGAGAGAGAACAGUGGGGACCAUGUGCAGAGAUCUGUGAAGGAAGUUUCUAUGAUGGCUUAUUCAGCCCUCAGGAAAGGUGCCCAUGUGUGUGCAUACCUGGUGAGGAAGACCAGCAGUGCAUCCAAGGGCCAUUGGCAUCAGGCUGUGGGCUCGAGGCCUGCUGUUUCAGAAUUUGCUGCCUAUGGAGCUUCAGGCAGCACGGUGGAGCUGCUGGGUACAUCCUACCCUCAGGAUGACUACAGCAACAUCUCCCGGAAGGUCCUGUCCAAGGUGGGCAGGAACCUGCAUAACCAGCCACAUCACCCUUUGUGGCUGACCAAGGAGAGGGUGAAGGGUCACUUCUACCAGCAGUACAUGGGCCGCUUCGGGACGCCGCUGUUCUCCGUCUAUGACGACCUUUGUCCCGUGGUCACGAUCUGGCAGAACUUUGACAGCCUGCUCAUCCCAGCUGAGCACCCCAGCCGGAAGAAGGGCGAUAACUAUUACCUGAACAGGACUCACAUGCUGCGAGCUCACACAUCUGCACACCAGUGGGAGCUGCUGCACGCAGGACUGGACGCUUUCCUGGUGGUGGGCGAUGUCUACCGGCGUGACCAGAUCGACGCCCAGCACUACCCAGUUUUCCACCAGCUGGAGGCCGUUCGGCUCUUUUCUCAGCACCAGUACCAGUCUGCCUCUCCGUGGGGUUCUUCUUACAAAUGGCCUGUGGCUCUGAUUUACCCUCAAUCCAAGAUGACUACAGAGACAACCAUGAAAUUUGUGUUAUUUGCUGGCAUAAAGGAUGGAGAAAGCCUGCAGCUCUUUGAACAAAGUUCUCGUUCUGCCCAUAAACAAGAGACACACACCAUGGAGGCUGUGAAACUUGUAGAGUUUGACCUUAAACAGACACUUACCAAGCUUAUGACACAUCUUUUUGGAGAUGGACUGGACGUUCGGUGGGUGGACUGCUACUUCCCUUUCACUCAUCCUUCCUUUGAGAUGGAGAUCAACUUCCAUGGGGAAUGGAUAGAAGUUCUUGGCUGUGGGUUGAUGGAGCAACAGCUGGUAAAUUCAGCUGGUGCUCAAGAUCGGAUCGGUUGGGCCUUUGGCCUAGGGUUAGAAAGGCUGGCCAUGAUCCUCUAUGACAUUCCUGACAUCCGUCUCUUCUGGAGUGAGGACGAGCGCUUCCUGAAGCAGUUCCGUGUGUCAGACAUCAAUCAGAAGGUGCAAUUUCAGCCUCUUAGCAAAUAUCCUGCUGUGAUAAAUGACAUUGCAUUCUGGCUGCCCUCUGAGAAAUACACAGAAAACGAUUUCUAUGACUUAGUACGAACAAUUGGAGGAGACCUGGUCGAAAAAGUUGAUCUUAUAGACAAGUUUGAACAUCCAAAGACCCACAAGACCAGCCACUGCUACCGCAUCACGUACCGCCACAUGGAGCGGACCCUGUCCCAGAGAGAGGUGGGGCGCGUCCACCAGGCUGUGCAGGAGGCGGCCGUGCGGCUGCUGGGUGUGGAGGGCCGGUUUUGACGUCACCCCUUCACCCAGGCUGCAGGCCUCUCGGGCUCCAGGACUGGCUGGAAGAGAAAAAGAUACCGCAUGUGGGCUGGGGCAUCAGCCCUCUUUUGAUAAAUGAGUCAGUUGUAGGACUUUCAGAAAAUAAAGGAUUGCUUCUGAGAAACUG